CUGAUCACCUAUGGAUCCAACAGAAAUGAAGCUUUGCAAAGAAUGGAAGAGGCUUUGGAUAAUUACAUUAUAAGAGGUGUUGCUCAUAAUAUAGCAUUGCUACGUGAGGUAAUAACACAUCCACGCUUUAUCCAGGGAGACAUCAGCACAAAGUUUCUUCCUGAAGUGUAUACUGAUGGGUUCAAAGGGCACAGAUUGAAAGACUCUGAAAAAAUGGAGCUACUAGUAAUAGCAGUGUCUCUAUAUAUGGCUGAACAACUUAGAUCACAGAGAUUUCUGGGAGCUCCAAGGAUUUCCAUUGCUCAGCCUGAUGCAAACAACUGGGAAUUACAAGUCCAGCUUGGAGACACAACUCAUUCAGUUGUAGCUUCAUGUCAAGGAUCCAAUUUCUUGGUGGAAAUUGAUGGGAGAAAACUUUGUGUGACUGGUGAAUGGAACUUGGCUUCAGCCCUGUUAUCUCUUAAAGUGGAUGGUGUUCAGAGAACUGUACAGUGCCUUUCUCGAGAUGCAGGUGGAAAUCUUAGUAUUCAGUUUCUUGGAACAGUGUACGAACUGCGUGUAUUGACCAAACUUGCUGCAGAACUGAGCAAAUACAUGCCAGAAAAAGUUAUAGAGGAUACCACAAGUAUCAUAAGAUCACCAAUGCCUGGAGCAGUAGUGGCAGUUUCCAUUAAGCCUGGUGACAUGGUUGCAGAAGGUCAGGAAAUUUGCGUGAUUGAAGCUAUGAAAAUGCAGAACAGUUUGGUUGCUGCUAAAACUGGCAAGGUGAAAGUGGUACACUGCAAAGUUGGUGAUACUGUUGGGGAAGGAGAUGAACUUGUGGAAUUGGAAUAAAUCAUUUCUUUUUAAUCUCACCACCGUUGGAGUAGCAUAUUUUAUGGUCAACCACAAAUUAAAAUGAGUGUUUAUGAAAGCAAAAGAAUUAUGUAGACUCAAGUACUGCUAUACCUUUUUACAAAAUAACAAAACAAAAAUGCAGCAAUUGCAUAAGAUGCAGAGGCCAUAUCUGUGCAAUCUAAAUUAACUUUUCCCUGAAUCUCAGACUUCACUCCUUUAUAAAUACUUGUAUAUAUGAAAUUUGUAAUUCUUUUCAUUAAAUCUAUUUACAUGAACAAAAUCAAUAAAGUCAAC